AGAAUCGUUGCAAAUCAGUUCAGAGAUUUCGCAUCCCCGAAAUUCACUAGUCACGUCGCGAUGCUGGACGUCAAGGCCGUGGGCGCCAACCUGACGCCUGAGCAACAAGAGGCGACUCUGGCCGACUUGAAUUUCUUCCUCGACGAGUUCGGCUCCACUCGUGCUGUUCGCGUCAAGUUACAAGAGCAGCAGCGCGACAUCCAGCGGCUUGGUGGUCAAGUGCGUCGCCUUGUGAACGGUCGUGGGGAGGACGAACAUGACAAACGCGAUGACGAAAUCACCGUGGAAAGUAACCAAAGCGACCCGAAUGGCGUGGAUGAGAUCAUGGCAGACGUGGACUUUUUCCUUAGGGCCUAUGGGUCCACACGCGCUGUCCGCCACGAACUUUAUGCUCAGAGACAGAAACUCGCUAAUCUGCAGAGCACGAUACGGUAUUUCCAGAAGCGGCAGGGGUUGAACGAGAAUAAUGUCGAGACAGGGGGUUCCCGCGGUACAAAAGCCCGUGAUCUCGGUGAAAAUGAUGACAAGGUGGGAAGUACUAGUGCUGCUACUCUGGUGCAAAAAGUUUCUAAAAAUGAGCAGCAAAACAAAGAUGGUGUAGCAAACAAAUACCCACAAGGUGUAAAAAGCUCGACUUUUCGUCACCGAGCUAGUCACGUAACGUGCAAAGUGGUGGGAUGUAUGAAGUGGGUAAUGCGCGAUGGAGACCUAAACGAGUACUGUGUCCAUCACCGAACCGCGUUUGCAUCUACAGAUGACUGUCCGAUGCAGGAUGAAAAGAUCAAGAAAAAUCUCGGCUCUAAAGCAGAGAAUGGGCGUGAGUCUGGUGCAGCUGAAAAAACUGAGCGAGAGAAACGUGAUGUCGUUCUGAAGGAAGCCCAAAAUGGGAAGGCGGAGAAAGAGCAGCAUGUUGAUGCAGACUGCUGUGUCCGUCCAUUUAGCACCCAUGAAGAUAUUAGCGUAAGCGGCCUCAUAGCUGCGUACUACAAGCAGCUCAAAAGUGCUCUUACUGUUGACUCAAAGCCUUCCGGUGUUAACAGCAUCGGCAACAGUGAUUCCUGUGAUGUAACCAAGUCCCAACCACAACUGAAAGAUUCGUCAAUGGUUAUCAAGCAAGCAGAAAAUGUCGACGACGGCAAGGCUGACGUACAUACCUCUGCUAGUGAAGCAUCGUCUCUGCGACCUAGCAGUCGUACGUGUCGUCAUCAAGGUUGCACUAAAAAUUCCCAAGCGCACGGUUUGUGCUGGGCUCAUGGUGGCUACUACAUAUGCAAGGUGGAUGGCUGCACCUUACGAGCGAUAUCGCGAAAGCUUUGUCGUAACCAUGGCGGAGGUACGAGAUGCAGAUUUAGCGACUGCGAUAAAAUGAUUUUUUCCUAUGGAAAGGGCUAUUGCUACAGACAUGCCCGUGAUCAAGGCAUCGAAGUCAAUCGUACAAGCAAGGCCAUCGCUCGUUACCGGCCUCAAGUGUCAGAGGGCGAUGCUAAUGGUAUUGAGGCGGAUGAACGUCGGCCGCAGAAUUUUGAGAAGGCCAGACAGGAUUUUGACGAAACUAGUUCAUCCACCUCAACUGCCACUUGCAAACCACACCACGUAACGUGCAAAGCAUUUCGAUGCAUGAAGUGGGUGAUGCGAGUCGGUGAGUACUGCUCCAUCCACAGAGCCUCUCGUGGAUCCAAACAUGACAACUCGAGAACUUCAACACCGGACCUCGCAACCUCUAUUCUUCAAGAGCACAAAAUGAAAUCCACCGACGCAAGUACUGUGGGGCUUAUCAAGUGGAAAGGCUCAUCAGACAACACUACAAGGUGCCGGGGUGUGCCAAGGUAGGAAAAUCCACAGGUGCUGAGAAGGGUGCCAAGCAUCAUAGCUGUACCCGUAUCGUUCAAGUGGAAGAUGUGCUGGCGAGCUCAUUUAGAUUCAGAAGCCACCACGACGGGACAAUGGAUGCAAAUGUUUCAUACGAUUUACCACAAUCUGUGCCCUGGUAUUAUAUAUUUCACGAAAUGCCAACAAUCGGCAAAGAAAAAUUGUACGUCGGAGUAUGAAUUUGCAGAGCAACAUUGUAGGUUUCAAUAAUAACGGAUUUUCCCGAAUACAAGUCCUGUAGGAAAUACAAGUACGCUCACAAAUGACAGAAUCUGUUUAAUAAUAGAAGUCCUGUAU